GCUGCACUUUAUGAGGCUACUUCCGGUCGUGCUGGUGUUUUGUUAAUCUAAUGCUGGUUAUUAAAGUGUUGCGCGUCGCCGCCCCGCGCGUGCACUGUUGAGUGGGGAGGUGAGCUCGUGCAGCUGCACUCUUGUGAACGCGAGGUUAGUUAGUUAGGUACUCGGGCAGCUUUCUGUCUCUCUCUCUCUCUCUCUGGCCUCUUUCAAAGCACAGAGGCGGCAGGAAAGGCAUGGGCUGUCACAAUAGCAAGGUGUGUGUCCACGUCCGCCGUAAAAAGAAAAAACAAGCAAAGAAUGAAACCCCUCUAAAGGAGAUCAACAGCGCUCAUGAUGGAAGUGGAAAGUGCCCAUCUGAGGAGAAGGACUCUGGUCCAGUGUCACAGCUGGAAAAGUAUGAGUGGCAGCUGAAAAUCUUGGCAGAGGUCCUAGCAGCCUCAGGAAGUGAAGAGCGAGAUCAGCUCCUGAAGAAUCAUCAGCAUGGUGAUAUCUGCUUGCUAGUGCACACUAUCACAGAGAUGGUAAAGUCUGAGACAGCUGCUGAGCUUGGUGCUGUUCAUGAGAACCAGAUGAAGAGUUGUGCAGAACAGCACCAGAGAGAAGUGGAAGAGAUGAAAAACCUUCACAAUGAAGUGAAGAACACUUUGCAGGAAACGCACAAAGAAGUUGAAAGUGCUCUGAAGGAGCAGAUUGAGCAGCUGACAGCGGACUUGAAGCUGUUCACAGAGUUAAAGCAGCGAGUAAAGGAGUCUACAUUAAAAAGAGACCUUCACAGGAACAUAGAAACUCAUGGUAGCCCGGGUGAAUUCUGGGAGCAGGAACAGGAGAGUCUGCUGAUUGUCAUAGAGAUGAAGAGCGAGCGUUUACAGGAGCAGGGAAACAAGCUGCGGCAGAUGGAGGCCCUGGUUGAAAAGAAUCUGGCUUUGGAGGACCAGGUCGGGCAGGUUCUCCAGCAGAAUGAAGACCUCAGAGUUCGAAUAGACAAUUAUCAAACACUCAUUCACCAACUGUCUAAGGAGCAGAAUGAGCUGCAGGAGGUGCUGGAGAAGCAAACAAUACAAAGCCAGAAACUCAGUCAGGAGAAGGAGGAGUUGCUUUUUAAGCUCCUCCACAAACAGGACUCCUGCUCAUCUUUUCACAUACCUGCUGUGGUUCCUACAGAUGUUUCCACAAGCUGACCUGGUCUCAGCUCUACCAUCUCCCACACUGGACUUAACUGACCUCACCCUAGUGUGUUAUAACUUUUAGAGUUAAGCAAACUGUGCCUCUUUUUUUUUGCCUGCUGCUGCUGUUUUUUUUUUUGUUUUUUUUUCUUCCAAAUAUCCAUUUUAAGGAAACUGUGGUUUUCAUGCUAUGUUGAAAGUGACUUAUUACAUGAGUUUUGCAUACUCAACCACUGUAUCAAAGUUUGUUUAAUCUGACAGAUUUUUCUGUAUUUUAGUCAGUUUUUAUUUUUUUAAUGUUGGUACCAGUAAUAUGUUUAAUUUUGGAGUACCAAAUUUAUAUUGUGUAUAUAUGUAUUAUGUCAUUGUAUAUAUGGGGUUUGCUGUGGAAUUUAAAACAUCACGUUUUCCCAACACACCUGUCCCACCUGCUUGAUGGUUAGUCAGAUGGGGUGUAUUGGUGAUAGUAAAAACUCCAUUGUGCAGGGCUGAAGGUUUUGAGGCAGUGAUGUGAAAACUGAUGCUUUGUGAUGUUACUGGAAAAAGGUAUGUUAUGUACGUUGUUAUGCUUAGCAUUUAUGUACUGGUUGUUCCAGGAAACUGACAUCAGAUUUUUUUUAUUAUUAUUAUUUUUGUUCCCCUCCCCCAUGCUCCUUUUUCUCUUCUUGCCUUACAAAAGCCAAAGCACUUGUUACAUAUUUUAAAGCAUUAUUUUUCUUCCCUCUUGCAUUUCAGAUGCACUGGCACUUUUACAACAGUAUUCAUGUACAUGUAUGUAUUUGUAUAAGGAAGAUUGAGGGCUUUUGUAAAUAGCUGGCACAUGUAAGACCAGUUUGUUUGCAUGUUUAGACUUUGACAAUGUCAUUAGUGUACAUUCUGAGAACAUUGAUCUUUUGUUAGAUGAAAUACGACUAACUAGUGAAUCACUGUUCUUUUGGGUUUGUUGGCAAAUACAAGAUUCUCAGCAAGGAGACAAAUCUAACUUUACAAGAGGUGUAAGCAGUGUUGGAUAUAAGCUAAACGAUCACUGCUUUGGAUUUGUUUCCAGUGUUUCUCAGUGAAGGUGUACUUAUUGUCCAGUCUUUCUUUUUUUUCCCUUCUUUCUUUUGUCCAUAUGGCCCAUUUUCAUGUUCUGUUGUUUGUUUACCUCUACACAAGUGCCUUUAUGCCUUUCUCACAAAGAUAGGCUCAAUAAAAGCUGCAUCUGA